UGAAGGCAAAAACAACAUUCAUUUUCAUUAAAAUAUCAUUUUUGAUUCAAAAGUAUAACUCUGGGUGUUACCAUGCCCUAUUAUUAUUACUAAAGUUGUGGCAUUGUCGGAUAUUCUUGGCAAAGUAAACACGGCUGUCGGGACAGGAGGUUUACAAAAUUAGCGGAGUAGAAUAUGGUUUCUUUUGCUGUCUUAACUAAUACUUUUCUAUUAAGGCUAACUAGCAACGCUGGAACUAGAGCCGGAGCUUAGUUAAAUACUGUUAUUGCUAAAGUUUGACAGGUCUUGUGUUAGUUCUCUGCGAUGGCAGGAGUUGGACCUCCCCGACCUGGGGCAGCUGACUGUGUGACCAGGGUGUCCUUGAGCAUCUCUUGUGCAAAUCUGAGGGACAUGGAUGUCUUCUCUAAGUCAGACCCACUGUGUGUUCUGUACAUGAGCACAUCUGGAACCAGUUGGGUGGAGGUUGGUCGCACAGAGAAAAUCAUGAACUGCCUGAACCCCAAAUUUUCCAAGACAUUUCUAAUCGAUUACCACUUUGAGAUGGUGCAGAAGUUGAGGUUUGAAGUGUUCGACAUUGAUGAUGUCAACUGCAGCAUGCAAGACGCUGAUUUCCUGGGAGAACUGGAGUGCACAUUGGGGCAGGUUGUGUCUUCAAGAAAUCUAACCAAACCACUUGUCAUGAAGGACAAAAGGCCUGCAGGAGAUGGGACCAUUACUGUACAUGCAGAAGAAAGAACAGACAACCGGGUGGUGCGAUUUGAAAUCGCAGGUAGACAACUCGACAAAAAGAGUUUUUUUGGCAAGUCUGACCCAUUUUUGGAAUUCUACAAGGAAACAGAAACAGGUUGGCUGUUAGCUCAUAGGACAGAGGUGGUAAAAUACAGCCUGAACCCUGCAUGGAGACCUUUCCAGAUCCCAAUUCAGGCACUCUGUGGAGGUGAUGUGGAGAAAUCUAUAAAGGUCGAUUGUUUUGAUUACAGGAGCAGUGGCUCACAUAACUUUAUUGGCUCCCUUCAGACCACACUGAGCCAAAUACAGCAGGCAUCACAAACAUAUGCAGCAGAGUUUGAAUGCAUCAAUAGGAAGAAGAAACAGAGCAAAAAAAGCUACAAGAAUUCUGGUAUUAUAGUCAUCAAACAAUGCAAGAUCGUGAAGGAGUAUACUUUCCUUGAUUAUAUAUUUGGCGGUUGUCAGAUUAACUUCACUAUCGCCAUUGACUUCACAGGCUCAAAUGGGGACCCCAAGUCUCCACAGUCCCUACAUUACAUGCACGCCCAUGGCUAUAAUGAAUACCUUUCAGCUAUCAUGGCAGUGGGUAAUGUCAUCCAAGACUAUGACAGCGAUAAAAUGUUCCCUGUUUUGGGGUUUGGAGCACAGAUCCCUCCUACCUGGCAGGUCAGCCACGAGUUUCCUGUUAACUUCAAUCCUUCAAACCCAUUUUGUGAAGGUAUUGAAGGUGUUGUCCAAGCCUACCAGCAGUGUUUGCCGCAGGUGAAACUCUACGGUCCAACAAAUUUUUCCCCAAUCAUCAACCAUGUUGCCCAUUUUGGCGGCCAGGCCUUACAGCAACGAACUGCCUCUCAAUACUUUGUGCUGCUCAUUAUCACUGAUGGCGUGAUCACAGACAUGGAGCAAACACGCGACGCAAUUGUCAAAGCCUCGCGUCUGCCCAUGUCCAUUAUUAUCGUGGGAGUGGGCAGGGCUGAUUUCACUGCCAUGGAGUUCUUGGACGGAGAUGACGGACUUUUGCGCUCAUCAUCAGGCGAGGCUGCCAUGAGGGACAUUGUCCAGUUUGUUCCAUUCAGACAGUUCCAAAAUGCAGGACCCGCCGCUCUGGCUCAGAGCGUGCUGGCUGAAUUACCUGACCAAGUGGCUUCUUUCUUCAACUUAAAUGACUUGAAACCCCCGACAGAACCCAUUCCUUCUUAGAAUUUUAAGCGAGCAUAAGUACUGAAGCAGAAUAAUACCUCUAGAGAAGUUCCUCGCCCAGUUUAAACCACUAUUUCUUUUAUUAAAAAAAAAGAAGAAAAUCCUAUUAAUAUCACACCAAGUGCCAGUGAAGCGAUAUUUCUCGAUGAACAAAAUGUUGUGCCACGUACCUAUGUUAAUGUUUACAGACCCGUUUCAAAAUAUCUACCUCCUAUAUUUUGUAACGUAUGAGUCAUUAUUUCAGCAUUGUCUUCUUCUCAGCAACCUGUUUGUGUUACCAUUCAGAAGUGUUUUUUGGGGCGUUUUUUUUUUCAUGUUUUCAUGUUUAUAAUGCCUAAAAAAACUAAUUGGUUUUAUUCUAACUCAUCUUGCUGUCUCUGUUCAGAUACAAACUUUACAUCUUCAAAUAGUUCUAUUUUAAGAUUUUAAUAACACAUGUUUAAAGUUUUGAUAUCUCAAUAAUCUCAUUGAAGAUCCAUGUCAUGACUUCUGUUCAAUGAUUAGUAAACAUGUCAUGUAUAACGCUAACUAACAGAAACAAGGCCAUAGUUUAAUCCUACUCAUAUUUUAAGAAUUAUUUAUGCACCGUAUUAUAAUGAAUUAACUUCACAUUUCAUUGUUGGCAUUGCUAAUAUCAAUAUCAUAACAUCCAGCUCAUGAAAGUAAACAGUUUUUGUGAAGUUGAUGAACAUAAAUUUAUCACAUUUUGUUCAUUUGUGAGGUUGUAAAUCAUUUGUAAUUGUAAUUGUCUCUUAUCAAAAGAUUUUAUUACUAGUUUGUUUUGUUAGUUCAAGUACACAUUAAACACAUACUGGAACAACACAACUCAAUAUGAUGCAUUUUUG